UGCCUAAGCACGAGGAGAUCCGCCAUCCAUGGGCAUUUAAUGCUCCUGUAUAUAAAUACUAAACUUCAUACAUACACAAUAGUAAUAAUUAGAAAUUUACAAUCAAGAAGUUUAUAGAUCUCUAUUGUAAAAAGAAGAUGGUGCUAAUCCUCUGAGACUUGCACCUAACAAUGGGAUUCAAACACCAUACUCAUAGAACUACUCUUCCUAUUAGAUAUUCAACCAUUCUAGCUUUAGCCCUUUUCUUUACCUCAUUAUUUCUCUUCAUUUCUCCACUUAGAUAUGUACAAGAACCAUUAUUUCCUUCUGCAUCAAAACCCCCACUCUUUAAUGGUGACCUCAGAAAUGCAAAAUUUCCAUGGAACAAGCUAUGUUUUGGACAGACUUUUCAUGAGAAGCUAAAACUUGCAGUUUUCUCUAAAACAUGGCCAAUUGGUGCAGCUCCAGGUGGUAUGGAACGCCAUGCUUCAACUCUAUACAAUAAUCUUGCAUCUAGAGGUCAUGAAAUCCAUAUUUUUACAGUUCCAUCAGACAGAAGACCUCAUGAAGAUAUCCAUGAAGGGAAUCUUCAUGUGUAUUUUGCUUCUAAUGAUCAUGGUUCUGUUAAUUGUUCUUUAGCAUUUGAAAUUUUCAACAAAAUAAAUACUAAUGGAGUAGCAUUUGAUUAUGUGCAUACAGAAAGUGUUUCUUUGCCUUAUUGGAGAGCAAAAACAGUGCCUAAUGCAGCAGUAACUUGGCAUGGAAUUUGGUAUGAAAUAAUGCACUCAAGAUUGUUUGAAGAACUAUUUUCAAAUCCAAAAGGUAAUUUUCCAACCCCUAUGAUAGAUCUUCAAGAAGCAAUGCCAAGACUUGUCGACGAAAUUAGAUUCUUUUCUAGUUACAAACAACAUAUAGUUAUAAGCAAGAGCGCAAGCGAGGUAUUAGUUAACAUCUAUCAGCUACCAGUUACCAACGUUCACAUUAUACUUAAUGGAGUUGAGAAUGCGAAAUUUAUGUAUGACCCAGAAGCCGGAUUGAUGUUUAGAAGAAAAUAUGGUAUCCCUAAAAAUGCAAGUCUUGUAAUGGGAGUUGCAGGUAGACUUGUUAAGGAUAAAGGGCAUCCAUUACUCUACGAAGCAUUUUCAGUUAUCACUAGAAGUUACCCCAAUGUGUGUCUUGUGGUCGUAGGGUUAGGUCCUUGGGGGAAAAGGUAUGCUCAAUUAGGUCCAAAUGUGAAGGUGUUAGGUGCAUUAGAGUCUUCAGAGCUUUCUCAAUUUUAUAAUGCAAUUGAUGUUUUUGUGAAUCCAACAUUUAGACCCCAAGGGCUGGAUCUCACAUUAAUUGAAGCAAUGCAUUGUGGUAAACCAGUUUUGGCCCCAAAUUAUCCAAGCAUAGUUGGGACUGUGGUUGUGAGUGAAGAAAUUGGGUAUACAUUUUCACCUAAUGUGAAGUCAUUGAUUGAGGCUUUGGAAUUGGUAAUAAGAGAUGGGCCAAAAGUUUUGCAAAAGAAAGGCUUGGCCUGUAAGGAGUAUGCACUUUCUAUGUUUACUGCUACUAAAAUGGCAUCUGCAUAUGAAAGGUUCUUUCUUUGCAUGAAGAAUACUAAAUAUUGUCAAUAUCCUCUCUCUACAGAUUGUUAAAGUAGAUCUCUUUUCCCUUGAAAAGUGAUUUAAUGUUGUAUUUUAGUGUUUCAUAGUUAAAAUAGAGAGGAU